AUGAAUCAACAUUCCUGGCAGUUGCAGCUACCACUUCUUGCAGCUGUCGCCGCGCAUGAACAAAACUCUGGGCAAUGGCGUACACACACGAACACUGUGGUCCAGGCAAGUAGAACCAAUGGCGCAGUCGUCCUUCCAGGUUUCAGCGAAUUAAUUAGCAGUCUUCAAUGCUCUCAAGAAUGCUAUAAUGGAUAUCCACAUAGGCGGUCUGUGGAUUCUGCCGUUCCAUAUCAGUAUUCCCAAUACCCUGGCAAUAGACCGCAACCUCAUCCAGUACAAGGAGGUGCACCGCAGCCACAUAGAUUCCAACCGCAAGGGUAUGUUUCUCCGAUAUACUCACUGCUGCUUAAUUCGGCCACUCACAGCCCACCCUUUUUCCCGCCGAAUCAACCUUCCCAAUCACCCAAUUAUGUAGCUCAUGUAACACCGCCAUCAAUGUCAUCGUGUGGAAGCUCUCCAAGACAUAACCCAAUCAAACAGAGAAGUCCAGAGCCUAUUGUAUCCAUUAAACGUGACUCAAGUGUGUUGAUGAAGAUUCCCAAGAAAAGAGGCCGCAAGAAAAAGGCCAACACAAUCUGCACCCACUGUCUGCUGGAAAGCACACCGGAAUGGCGAAGAGGGCCAGAAGGCUCUCGGACCUUGUGCAACGCAUGCGGAUUGUUUUAUCUGAAACUUGCCAAGAAGUUUGGAUCCGAAAAGGCAGGCACUUUCAUGAGAUCCAAAAAAGCAAAGAACGAGAUAUUCGAUAGAUUGGUGCCCAGCGACGAGCAAAAAGAUGAGAUCAUCAAGUGGUACCAAAGCCAGACUGAGGGAAAUAAAUUAGAGUUGGGAAACGUAGCCAUUGCGUCGCAAUGA